AUGCAAGUUUGCGCAGAUCACGUGAACGCAAAGUCGUUACAUUGCUUCGAAAUAGAAGAUGUACAUUAUGAAGUGAGAUACCGAGACAAAUGUCAAGAAGUGUCGUCUUCGCUAAAGCAAAGGGCACAGCUGUUGGGCGAGUUCGUAGCGGAGCAGAUGAGUGGGCUCACUCAAGAGAGGGACUGCUCUAUGCCCAGUGUUAACUUGCAUUUGGCCGAUUUAAUGAAUGAACUAAAAACCUGUAUAAUCGGUAUCGGUUUCGUCCUAUGCGGCGGAGCUUUAGAGAGGGCAAUACUUUACAAAGUGCUGGCAGACCGCGUGGGGUUGCCGUGCUCGCUGCAUAGAGCGUCGAGUGCGCACGCGUGGUGUGAGGUGGCUGUGCCUGAACUAAAUCCUGCUGAAGACCUACAAGAAGAAGAGAGCUAUCCAGCAGGACUUCUCAGGGCUAACUAUGUGGUAGACCUUAUGGAGGCACCAGGGAAGUUACUGCCGCGUCUCUCGGUAGAGGCUCAACGCGUGUGCGGGAAGCAAUGCUCGCCUUACAUUGCGCGGACUCUACCGGAGAUAUGCAAAUGUGAACAU